CAAACGUCCGGCCGUUCCUUAGGACGGGAAGUGCCCCGCCUCCCUUGAAAUAUCUGACGAGAAUGUGCAGGCCGAGGCCGAGGUUUCAUCUCUGUCCGCGGCGCUGAAAGACGAGGACGAGAUCCUGUCGUCCCAAAUGAUGGCUUCCAUGGCCAAGCACGAGGGGCGGCUGCGUUAGUCCAAGGGCCGCAUAGCAGAGAUGGAUGUUGAACUUGCCGAGGCUGUUUCCUCGCAGCGAUCCCUGGAAGCUGAGCGAGAUCGGGCCCUUGCUGAGAAGGAGCUAGCUGUUGCUGAGAAGGAGCGUGCCAUCUCCGACUUUCUUCAGUCCCCGGCCUUCAAAGAGGCUUGCCUUGAAAAAUUCGCUGACUACUAUGACAGCUGGCUUGGGACCGAGGCCGGCAUAAAGAAGAUGGGAGCGGAGGGGACGAAGUGGCUCGAAACUAGGGUCUAUCAUGGGAUCCAGCUCGUUCUUCGGGAAACCGUUCCCUCAUCUUCUCACCCAAAAAUUGCCCGUCGUCCUCCUCCUUCUCUGGCGGAGGACGCCGAAUCGCGUACAUGCUCAUGGUGGUACCGUGCAAAGAGGCUGGAAAGGCGCAUUGAAUGUCUACAAAGACUCAUGAAUUACCUUCACGGGGUCCCUAAACGGCCUGCGCCUCCUGUUGAGGCUGCUCAGCCGGCUGCUGAUGCCAUCCCCGCGGAAGGAACAUCCUUUGUUCGGGCUACUCCACCAUGUUCGUUUCUCAUGGCGGAUUCCGCUUUUCCCAGCUUCGCCACUGCUCCAACUGCGGUGGGGAAAUGCGUUGAUCCCGAUCUCCCUUCCUCGAGUGAGGAAUCUAUUCAAGGUCGUCUUCGUCAAGAACCUGCCGUGGUAGAGGUUUCAAAGAGAUCUCGCCGUUUGGUGCGCAAGGUGGGCACCGAUGUGCGCGCCUAUCUCGAAGGCUUUCGCCAUGCUCAUCGCAAGAAGACUAUCAGCACAAACUUCAAAACGCAGUUUGUGACCGACCAUGACGCAUCCUCCUUAGAUUCUUCCUUUUCUGAAGAAAUGGCUGUGUACUUUGACCAUUCGAGAAACAGUACUUCACAUUCUUGUGCUUAAAUGAUGAUGUAUUACUGCCUUAGGCGUGUUUUAUGUAACGAGAUUGCUUGUAUGCUCUGUUUUAUUUUCUUUUCCUUCUCUUUUUCUCUUUUUUUUGCACCCCAAAGGGUUUCUAUUGCGCUCACACCCUCAACAGGGCGGCAAAAGGUGUGUCCUCAGCAGGACUAAGGGUCGUGGAAGACAUCCUGAGCAGGAUUGCAAGUUUUCCGUCCUAAGCAGGACCUUGCGCUGCCCUUCGUGCUAAUAACAAGUUGUGCCCAUU